CUUUAAGUGAUUUAAACUUAAAAUUUAUUGAAAUGUAGUUUUAAGUAAUCUAUUAUUGCCAUAAAAGUCGAUUGCUUUAUUUGUUGUAGAUAACAUUUAAUUUGAAUAAAUGUUAGUGGCUUUGCCGAUGUGAUGUAUUAAAUAGCAUACAGGAUUUUGAUGUUUUAAAAUUAAUUAAAUUUAAUAGUAGAAAGUGUUAAACUUUAUUAAAUAAUGGAUACAUCGAAAAAACACGUCAAGCCUUCUCCCGAGGAACACGCUACUAUAUUUUCAAAGCUUUUUUAUUGGUGGAUUCUACCCUUUUUUAGUUUUGGUUACAAAAACGAUGUGCAACUUAAAGAUAUCUAUAACGUUUCCAAGAGCGACCACUCACAAAUAUGGGGUGAUAAGUUACAAAAAAAUUGGGAAUUAGAAUUGUUGAAAAAGAAUCCAAGCUUAAAAAGGGCCAUAUCCAACACGUUUUUAAAACCAUAUUUCUUCUCUGGUAUAGGACUAUGUAUUCAAUAUAAUUUCUUUAAGAUGGUGCUUCCUCUAACAUUAGCCGGAUAUGUCAAUUAUUUUAACAAAAACAACAGUGGACAAACUGGAUGGUUAUUGGCGACUGCAGUCGUUUUACAGGUUUUUAUUAUGGUGGUCCUUUUUCACAGUUCGAAUUUAUACGCUCAGAGGACCUGCAUGAGAACUCGAGUAGCAGUGUGUUCUCUAGUCUACAGAAAACUAUUGAAACUGAACCACUCUUCUCUAGGACAAACAGCUGCUGGACAGCUGAUAAAUUUAUUAUCCAAUGAUGUGCAGCGAUUUGAUUUGGCUUCUUUCUUUUUACACUUUAUUUGGCUCAUGCCCAUCAAUGCUAUUGCUUCGUUUUACGUCAUGUAUCGUAUCGUCGGGCUUUUUGCUGCUGCAGCUGGAAUGGGCGCCAUUGUGUUGGAAUCCAUACCCAUUCAAGUAUAUAUGACCACGCUCCAAGGAAAGUUGCGAUACCAAAUUGCAAUCAGAACAGACAAACGAGUAAAACUAAUGAAUGAAGUAACCUCAGGUAUACAAGUCAUAAAAAUGUAUGCUUGGGAGAAACCUUUCGAGAAGAUGGUUAAGAUGUAUAGGAGUUCAGAAGUCAGUUUUAUUAGAAAAACUUCUUAUGUAAAUGGUGUUCUAUCUGCUAUGGGUGUAUUCUCAGAGAGGUUAAGUCUUUACGUAACUUUAGUAACAUUUGCCUUAGCCGGAAAAGCAAUAACUGGAGAUAUUGUAUUUUCCAUGGCUCAACUAUUUAGUACAGUCACACAGGUUAUGUGUAUCGGCUUUCCGAGAGGAUUGACAUUUUAUAACGAAGCUAAGGUUUCGAUAGGAAGGAUCGAAAAAUUUCUGCUACUUGAUGAAAUCGAACGCAAAAGUAUCACAAACUCUACCAAAAAUUCAAAAGAACCUAACAGCAACCAAAUUACACGUUCAGAAGAAACUUAUUACGAGAAAGGACUUAAAGAAGACACUGGAGGCAUCGAACUGCACGACGUAACAGCUAGUUGGAUGCCGAAUUCAAUCGUACCAACUUUAGUAAAUGUCAACUUGCAUGUCAAAUCGGGCGCAUUAUGUUGCGUAGUUGGCGAUGUGGGAGCUGGAAAGAGUAGUCUUUUGCAAUUGUUGCUUAAAGAAUUACCGGUAAGCUCUGGAAAGCUGAACGUGAAUGGAGCGAUUGCUUACGCAUCCCAAGAACCUUGGUUGUUCGUGUCCAAUGUGAGAGAUAAUAUUCUGUUUGGGAAGCCUUAUGAUCAACACAAGUACCGCCAAGUCGUUAAGGUUUGUUCCCUGGAUAAAGAUUUUAAGCAAUUCCCGUUUGGCGACAAAUCGUUGGUAGGCGAAAGAGGAACGUCUCUAAGUGGAGGGCAAAAGGCAAGAGUGAAUUUAGCUAGAGCCGUUUAUAGCGAAGCUGAUAUUUAUCUAUUGGACGAUCCAUUGUCCGCUGUAGAUACCAAAGUCGCUAAGCAUUUGUUUGAAGAAUGCAUAAAGGGCUAUUUGAGUGGCAAAACAAGGAUUUUGGUCACCCACCAGUUGCAGUUUAUGAAGAGCGCUGAUCUCAUUGUAAUAAUUAAUAAUGGAAGAAUCGAAAAAGUAGGCAGUUUUAGUGACUUUACAGAAAAACAUCUGAAAAUCAUACGACAAGAAGUAGAAGAAGAAAAAGAAACUAAAAAAAUUGAGAAUAUGAAAACAGCGUCCAGCAAAGAUCUUACCUUCCAGUCGGCGAAUUCUCUUGAAUCUAUUGCUGGAAACGAGCCAAAAGAAACCGAUGAAUUAAUAGAAAAAGGCGAUAUUUCCUCUGAUACGUAUAUCGGUUAUUGGAGAGCCGGUGCUAGCAUUUUAUUUUUACUAUUCACUUUUUCCAUGUUCAUUACAGCUCAAGUUGUUACAAACUGUUCAGAUAUGUGGGUGACUCAUUGGGUCAACGAUGAAGUAAAACUAUCCCAAUCGAAUAACAACAGGACAUACAUUCCAUUACCUUCUUCAGUAAAAAAUGCUUCGGACACUGUGUUUACAGCCAACCUAUCUCUACCAACUACAACGGCAUCAUCAUUACUUGAAAUAUCCACUACAAACAUUACAAAUAAUUUACUAACUAGCACUAAUAAUUCAACUAUGUUUAUUAAAUCCAUAGACGAAAUAAACUCCACACCUAUUAAUGAAAUAAAGCCGAGAGAAUAUUACAUUUGGAUAUAUACAAUACUUAUCGUUAGUUCAAUCAUUUUAUUAACGAUUAGGUCGUUUUUGUUUUACCACAUCUGUAUGACAGCUUCGAAGGUUUUGCAUAGUCGAAUGUUCAACAACGUUCUUCUUGCUCCGAUGAGAUUCUUCAAUAGCAAUCCUUCAGGUCGAAUAUUAAACAGAUUUUCAAAAGACAUGGGAGCCAUAGACGAAAUCUUACCACGUGCUCAAUUUGACAGUGUUCAAAUUGUGCUCGUUCUGCUUGGUAUAUUAACUAUGGUCUUCAUAAUUACCCCAUGGAUGAUGAUACCAACAAUUGUGCUAGGAAUCAUAUUUUACUGGUUUAGAAUCGUAUAUUUAAAGUGUGCCCAAGCCAUAAAAAGAUUGGAAGGAACAAGUAAAGCUCCUGUAUUUUCCCAUGUUUCCACCACUUUGUAUGGUAUGUCAACCAUAAGAUCGGCAACUGCAGAACAAAUGCUUGCUAAAGAAUUCGACGUUCUGCAAGAUCAACAUACAAGCACAUGGUUUUUGUUCAUUGCCAGCAGUACUACAUUUGGGUUCUAUCUUGAUGUUAUCAGUACAAUGUUUCUUGCAUUUGUUACUUAUCAGUUCCUCAUAUUCGGAGAUGAAAAUACUCUUAGCGGCAACGUAGGCUUAGUCAUUUCUCAAAGUCUCAUCUUGACUGGUAUGUUGCAACACGGAGUUAGGCAAAGCACUGAAGUUGCCAGUAACAUGAUAAGUGUAGAAAGAGUGAUGCAGUACACGAAGUUAGAGAAAGAGCACCCGUUAGAAACUAUAGGUCAGAAACCGCCACGAGAUUGGCCAAGCAAAGGGAAAAUCCAGUUCAAAAACACUUAUCUCAGUUAUGCUCCUGAAUUCCCUCCAGUAUUGAGGGACCUGAAUAUCGAAAUCGCUUCUGCAGAAAAGAUUGGCAUAGUCGGAAGAACAGGCGCUGGAAAAUCAACGCUGAUCGCUUCGUUGUUCAGACUUGCGCCGAUAGAUGGUACCAUACUUAUUGACAAUUUCGAUACUGCACAACUGGGUUUGCGGUAUUUAAGAUCGAAUAUUUCCAUUAUACCACAAGAACCAGUUUUAUUUUCGGCUUCGUUACGAUACAAUCUAGAUCCAUUCGAUAAACACGAUGAUAGCGUAUUAUGGAAAGCAUUGGAACACGUUGAAAUUAAAGACGCACUUCCAGAUCUCAAUAUGACCAUCAGCGAAGGAGGCUCCAAUUUAAGCGCGGGACAGAGACAGUUGAUUUGUCUUGCGAGAGCUAUAGUGAAAAACAAUAAAAUUUUGGUGUUGGAUGAAGCUACUGCUAAUGUGGAUCCUCAGACUGACUCCCUAAUCCAAAGAACAAUUCGCGAGAGAUUCAAAGACUGCACCGUACUGACCGUCGCUCAUCGACUCAACACCAUUAUGGAUAAUGAUCGAGUUUUAGUUAUGGACGCUGGUCAAGUAAUGGAAUUCGAUCACCCUUAUAAUUUGUUACAAAAUUCCGAAAGUUUCUUAUCCAAGAUGGUCAACGAAACUGGAUCGGAGAUGGCAGACAAAUUAAAAAAUAUAGCCAGAAAUGCUUUCCGUCACAAGAAUGAAAUGUCCUACGAAAAUGGCACUUUAGGAUACAGCGAUUAAUAAUAGUAAACAUUUUUUUAUUAGAAAACUUUACAAUCAUUUACUGGUAAUAUAAUUUACAAUUCUGCAGUCGUUGAUGUGAAUUUUAAAUAAAUAAUUAGUUACCAAAAAUAAAAAAUCCCAAUCUAUUAUUUGUUCAUGUGUAAGUUUGAAACCGAAAUUAAAAAUGUCCACCAAAAUUAGAUAAGACAAUUAUUCAUCUCAUGCUCGGACAGUAGGUAGGAGAGACUGUUGUACCAAAGUAUAUUAACCGUUGAGUAGCGACAUAAAGCGUCGGUGCCUUUGAUCUUGGGUGGUGCAAAUUGUAUUUCUCUUUUGACGUUAUUGACGGAACGACACACUAAAACACUGCUCGAAUUAUGAACUGGUCUUGAAUGUGAUGUUUACACUGCUCGACGUAAUUUGAAGUAAAACUCUUUUGUAGUUUACAUUUAUAAUAAAGGUUUGGUCAU